AUGGGCAGCACCGCCGGCACGCUGGGCGACAAGCUCACGCGCUCCGAAGUAGGCGCACAAGCAUACGUUGAAGCGGACAUCGUCGACCUCUUGCGUGAAGCCGACGCGGCACUGAAUUCGACCGCAAAUGCGACCUCGAACCCGGUGCCGCAGACGCUGAAACGCAAGUCGAUCAAGACGCGGCUCGUGGACCGCCUCUCUCCCACAAAGACGCAGGAACCAGGCUUACCGUUGUAUGACACCCGCAGGCCGCCAUCGCCCGUGGCUCGAUCCUAUCAGCCCUCCAUGUCCUCUUUACCACUCUCUAGGGCGCCCUCAGUGCUUGAUACUGCGCCGAACAUGCCUCCUCCCGGCGAGGACUCCCCCUCCUACAUACCCUACCGCCGCCCACUCUCACCCCACCGCGCCGUUCCCGGACGGCCAUACUCGCCCACACGCACAUCCACAGACUACGCGCGACCGCCAGCGUCCUCAAACAUGUACGAGCCAGUAGACCUCAACGGAAGUCCACGGCCCGGCACGCCAUCCUCCAGGUACGGCGGCGAGCGACCGGGUAGUCCUAAGCGGCCACUGCCCCCAGCACCUCUAUUCGCCGGUGGCAGGCCCAUCUCGCGCGACUCAAAUGCAACCCUCGACAUGAGCUCGAUACCCAUUGACCCCGAUGACCCGUUCACCGAAUACGGUGAUGACCGGCCUGAACUAAACUCGAGAGACUCAUACAUGACUGAGGAUACCAUCGCAGACGAGUACACGGACAUGGACGAGAAGAUUGACCACUACGGUCCAGCGCCAGAGGCUGCGCAGCCGAGACGCGGCGCACGUGAUGCAGUCAUGACGAAGAAGGAAGUCCGUCUCAUUAACGGAGAGCUCAUCCUGGAGUGCAAGAUCCCGACCAUCCUGUACAGUUUCUUGCCGCGGCGCGAUGACAUUGAGUUUACACACAUGCGAUACACGGCCGUAACAUGCGAUCCCGAUGACUUUGUCGAUAGAGGUUACAAGCUACGACAGAACAUUGGCACCCCCCGUGAGACGGAGCUCUUCAUAUGUAUCACCAUGUACAACGAAAAUGAGAUCGACUUCACCCGAACAAUGCACGGAGUCAUGCGCAACAUCAGCCACUUCUGCUCUCGAACAAAGUCACGUACCUGGGGCAAAGAUGGGUGGCAGAAAAUUGUCGUCUGCAUCAUCUCAGACGGUCGUCAGAAAGUACAUCCCCGCACACUGGAUGCUCUCGCUGCCAUGGGCUGCUUCCAAAAGGGCAUCGCAAAAAACCACGUCAACCAGCGUGAGGUCUCUGCGCACGUCUACGAGUACACUACCCAGGUCUCUCUAGACUCCGAUCUCAAGUUUAAGGGGGCUGAGAAAGGCAUUGUUCCCGUGCAGAUGAUCUUCUGCAUGAAGGAGCGCAACCAGAAGAAACUCAACUCACAUCGAUGGUUCUUCAACGCCUUCGGACGAGCACUUAACCCUAAUGUCUGUAUUCUGCUUGACGUUGGAACCAAGCCUGGACCAAAGGCACUGUAUCAUCUCUGGAAGACCUUCGACAACGACUCUUCUGUCGCUGGUGCUGCUGGCGAGAUCAAAGCCGGAAAGGGCAAAGGCUGGCUGGGAUUGCUCAAUCCGUUAGUUGCGUCGCAAAACUUCGAGUACAAGAUGUCGAAUAUCCUCGAUAAACCACUGGAAUCCGUGUUUGGAUACAUCACUGUCUUGCCAGGUGCGCUGUCGGCAUAUCGGUACAUCGCCUUACAGAAUGACCAUACCGGCCACGGUCCUUUGAGCCAGUAUUUCAAGGGUGAGACACUGCAUGGUCAAGAUGCAGAUGUCUUCACAGCCAAUAUGUAUCUCGCCGAAGAUCGUAUUCUAUGUUGGGAGUUGGUGGCGAAGCGCAGCGAGCAGUGGGUCUUGAAGUAUGUCAAGGCAGCUACGGGCGAGACUGAUGUGCCUGAUGCCGUGCCCGAAUUUAUCUCACAACGUCGUCGUUGGCUCAAUGGUGCCUUCUUCGCGGCUGUCUACUCGCUACUGCAUUUCAAGCAAGUUUGGGCAACAGACCACACCAUUUGGCGCAAGAUACUGCUCCACAUCGAGUUUAUCUACCAGUUCGUUCAGCUCAUGUUCACUUUCUUCUCCCUAGCCAAUUUUUAUCUCACAUUUUUCUUCAUCGCCGGUUCGCUCAGCGAUAAGAACUACGACCCCUUCGGCCACAACAUUGCCAAAUACAUCUUCAUCUUCCUGCGGUACACAUGUGUGCUCUUGAUCUGCAUGCAGUUCAUUUUAUCCAUGGGUAACCGUCCGCAAGGAGCGAAGAAGAUGUUCUUGUGGAGUAUGAUUGCGUACUGUGUCAUCAUGGCAUAUACUACGUUUGCCUCGAUCCUCAUCGUCGUCAAACAGCUGCGAGAUCCCAAACAGCCAAAGACACUCGGAAACAAUGUCUUCACCAACUUGAUCAUUUCGACCGCAACAACAGUUGGCUUGUACUUCCUAAUGUCCUUCAUGUACCUGGAUCCCUGGCACAUGUUCACCUCCUCAGCCCAGUACUUCGCGCUCCUGCCUAGUUAUAUCUGCACCCUGCAAGUCUACGCCUUCUGCAACACGCACGAUAUCACAUGGGGCACGAAAGGUGACAACGUCGCAAAGACCGACCUCGGAGAUGCCAAAGCCAAGAAGGGGAACGUCGUCGAGCUUGAGAUGCCAUCCGAGCAACUCGACAUCGACUCAGGCUACGACGAAGCCCUCCGCAACCUUCGCGACCGCAUCGAAGUGCCCGAACCUGGUCUCAACGAAGCCCAGGCACAGGAAGACUACUACCGCGCUGUGCGCACGUACAUGGUCGUCGUGUGGCUCAUCUCCAACGCUAUCCUCGCUAUGGCCGUGUCCGAGGCGUACGGUGGUCAGCACAUUUCGAGUAACUUCUAUCUCAAGUUCAUCUUGUGGGCUGUUGCGGGCUUGGCCUUCUUCCGCGCUAUGGGGUCGACGAGCUUUCUCAUCAUCAAUAGCAUCCACUCGAUUAUGGAGACGAAGCUCAAGUGGGAGGAUAGAAUGGAGUCGAAGACGGGAUUAGGCGGCGGGAAGAAGAAAUUUGGAAAGGGCUGGGGUAAUGGAGGAAGUAGUUGGUGGAGCGGGAGUGCUAUCUCGAGUAAGGUCAGUAGUUGGGCGCCGAGCUCCUGGAGUGGAAGUAGUUUGGGGAAGUAA